CGGUAUCAAGGUCUCUCAUCUCUCUCUCUCUAAACAUGGAUCACCGUUUCUCUCUCCUCUUCGUUUUCUCUCUCGUCAUUGCGACGUCCUUCGCCUCAGCCGCCGAUCCGGACGGCGAUGACGUCAUAAUCCGGCAGGUCGUCGGCGAGGACCAUCAGUUGAACUCCGACCACCACCACUUCAGCCUCUUCAAGAGCAAGUUCGGAAAGUCGUACGCCACCAAGGAGGAGCACGAUCACAGGUUCUCGAUCUUCAAGUCUAACCUACGCCGGGCUCGCCGCCACCAGCAGCUCGACCCCACGGCGGUCCACGGCGUCACUCAGUUCUCCGAUCUGUCUCCGGCGGAGUUUCGCCAGAAACACCUCGGCUUGAGGAGGCGCCUCAAGCUUCCAUCCGACGCUAACAAGGCUCCGAUCCUUCCGACAAAUGAUCUCCCGACAGAUUUCGAUUGGAGAGAUCACGGAGCCGUCGCACCCGUAAAGAAUCAGGGUUCUUGUGGAUCAUGCUGGUCGUUUAGUGCCACUGGGGCCUUGGAGGGUGCGAAUUUCCUUGCAACAAGGAAGCUUGUGAGCCUUAGCGAGCAACAACUUGUGGAUUGUGACCAUGAGUGUGAUCCAGAGGAAGCUGAUUCUUGCGACUCUGGUUGCAAUGGUGGGCUGAUGAAUAGUGCCUUUGAGUACACACUCAAAGCUGGUGGACUUAUGCGAGAAGAGGACUCUCCUUACACCGGUACUGAUCGUGGAACCUGCAAAUUUGACAAGACCAAGAUUGCUGCUUCAGUAGCUAACUUUAGUGUCAUGGAUACAAAGAUCUGAACACACAGAGGAUCU